AUGAGGAAUGCAAUCGAUGCUGAGAUUGUGUUGGGCCAGCAUGCUGGUAAGAGGGUGUUCCUUCCUCGAAUUCCUCUUUGCCCAUCAGAUGAUGAGAUGUUUCCAUUUAGGUUCAAGAGGAAGCAGUUUCCAGUUAGACUUAGCUUUGCUAUGACCAUUAACAAGGCACAAGGACAAACUAUACCAAAUGUUGGUGUAUACCUCCCUGAACCGGUAUUUUCACACGGGCAGCUCUAUGUUGCUCUUUCUAGAGCUACAUCUAGAAGUAAUAUGAAGAUUCUUACUGUACCGGAUAAAAAAAAGGAAGGCCAGUCCAACUCCACUGCAAAUAUUACAAAGAACAUAGUCUACAAAGAAGUUCUCAGCAUGUAG